CAAACAAAGGAACGGAAAGGAAACAAACUUCAGAUUUUAAAGGCCUUUCCUUUAUCUACAGAUUUUAUUGUUUCGAUAUCGAUUGAGAAAAAUUCCCUCUGGGUAAGAGUUUCAGAUUUUGUGAUUAUGGAGACCAAGUUACCGAUGACUAGUCAUGGACGAGAAAAAGCGGUUCGGGUGGUGGCUAGGAUCAAGCCAUCAGCAGCAUAUCCGAGUGUAAAAUCAUCAUCAUCAUCAGCUGUAUCAUCAGUUCACAAACCCAACGGUGAUAAAUCCGAGGCUGUUUCCAUUUCGUUCGGAGCUCAAUUCCCUGGUUCGAAAGAUUCAUAUAAGUUGGACUACUGCUACGAAGAACACGAAACCACGAGUUUAAUUCUCACCAUGGAGAUUAAGCCUCUUAUCUCUACCGUCUUUGAGGGUAAAGAUGCUAAUGUGAUUGCACACGGAGCCAGAUGUAGUGGAAAAACACAUCUUAUUCAGGGGUCUGAGAAGGAACCUGGAUUAGCUGUCCUUACAAUGGAUGAGAUGUUAUCCAUGGCUGAGGAAAGAGGAUACUCGAUUUCAGUGUCGGUUUACGAGGUCUGUAAUGAAACAGUGUAUGACAUCUCAGACGAAGAAAAGAGAGCGGUGUCUGUACUAGAAGGUGCACAAGGGAAGAUCCAACUAAAGGGACUUUCUAAGGUACAUGUGAAGUCACUCUCAGAGUUCAAAGAAUUAUAUUUCGGUCUCAAGAAAACUCAGAAGCUGAAGGGUGAACCUCCUCUUCGGAGCCAUAGAGGUGUGAUGAUACAUGUAACUACUAAUGGUAGCAACGUCAGUUCAGGAUCCAUUGGGAGGAUGAACUUUCUUGAUUUGGCAGGAUAUGAGGACUCCAGGAAACAAAACAAUGGUCUCGGUCCUCUAGAGAUUACCAGAAUCAAUAAGUCGAUAUAUGCUUUACAGAACGUCAUGUAUUCCCUCAACGCAAAUGAAUCUCACGUGCCAUAUCGGGAGAGCAAACUCACUCGCAUGCUGAAAGACUGUUUACAAAGACCCAACAGAACGUUGCUGAUCACUUGUUUGCCUCGGGAACUCAGCCAAGACUCGUUUUACAUGCUAAACUUAGCUUCACGUAUCUGCUUAGGCAAUAACCGAGCCAUGGCUAAUGCAACUAAGAAGAGCUAUGGUCCUGCAAGAUCUAUUUCUUCAUCUUCUGUCGCUCAAAGGAGGCAAACACCUUUGAAUGUGACUGCUUCUUCUAAACAAAGGACUGAGCUAAGGGGGAACGUGAGUGAGAGAAAGAUUAAACUCAACACUUCCACUUCUGCAAUUAAAGGAAGGAAACUGUUCGGUGAAGCAAAUGGUUCGGUGAAAUCUAAAAAUAACUCUAAGAAGAUGGAAGGCAAAGAAAUGAUGGCAGUGAAAAAGGAAAUUUUCACUUCAAAAGUUGUCUUGAACGUUCAGUCCUCCGCAUCAGAAGAAGAAGUCUGCUCGCAAUUUAUUGUUACAGAUUCUCAAUCUUCUUUCCUAGUGAAGGAAAAUUCUGUCCCGGCUCUCUCAAGUUCCAAUAAUCUUCAGGACACACUUUGGAAACAUGAAGAAAGGUUUUCAGAAGCCACUAAUUGCGUUGACGCUGUUGCAUGCAAAGCUCAAAUUGUAGAGAGAGAUGACAACCGUUCAGACGCUGAAGAAGGUCUCACUCUGUUUUGUGAAGGUGAAAACUUGGAAAAAGAAAACACCAAUCUGCUAGCCAAUGAAAUUACAUCACCACCGCUCAGCCUGCGGCUUCAAGAGCUAUCCAACAAUUUGAAGUCCAUAUGUAAUACCUCAAACCAACCAUCAACACCUGAGAAGUACCAAGCUGCACUGACUAAAUAUCCUGAACAAGUACCAGAGCAUGGAGAUAUUACUGCUGAAGCUGAGCUAAGAACACCAGAGAGAAGUAUGCCUUUAAAUGUUGGGUUUAGUCCUUGGAAGACAUUCAGUGCGCACAGCUCUAAACUGAAGAACUCUGCGGUUGGUGAGUACCUCAAGUUCCUAAACACUGCAGAUAAGGAAGAUCUAAAGAAGCUAAAGGGCAUCGGAGAAAAGAGAGCGACUUAUAUAGUUGAGCUCCGACAAGAAUCUCCUGAACCAUUUAAGAAACUGGAUGACUUGAAAGAUAUUGGACUCUCAGAAAAACAGAUUAAGGGAAUGCUAAGGAAAGAGAUUGGAGAUAUUUUCCAGUAGCCGGACCGGAGUUGCUCCGCUAAGAGUUUGAAAGAUUCUGUAUAUGAUCAAUGGAAUAAUAAGUUAAGGUGUUUUGCGUGUAGUUCGUUUUAAUGACAACUGUGUCGUGACCUUCUACUGUCGGAUGAUUUGUGUGUGUGUUGUUGCAAUGUCAAAGAAUCAAAAUUUCAAAUCAAUCUUUCUUUAUUAUCUCGCUGUAAGUGAAUCUCCCC